AUGGCUAGUGAAUCUGAAGAAGAAAGUUUAUUAUCUAGCUCAGAAAGCGAGUUUUUAUCUUCAUCUGAAACUGAAAGUGAUUCAGAUGAAGAACAAUUAAGCAAAGUGCGGGAUUGGUGCAAGAUAGACACUUCUAAAACUCAACCUGUUCCUCCUAAAUUUCCAUUCAGCGCUUGCCCAGGUUUAAAAAUGACCAUAAAGGAUGCGAAUGAUCCUUUACAAUUCCUCCUUCUCUUUAUUGAUGACGAAGUUGUAAACAUUGUAGUUGAAGAAACUAAUAGAUAUGCCUCCCAGUAUUUGGCCACAACUAUAUUAAGUCCACGAGCAAGAACACGCGCAUGGACUGAAACAAAUCCAAGUGAAAUAAAAGUUUUUUUGCAUUGCUGUUAUUGCAAGGAAUUAUGCAGAAGCCAGUGGAGAAAUGGUUUUGGACUCAAAGACCAAUAA